AUGGGCCGAGCAGCGGCCAGAAUCAUCUAUGAAGCGGUCUUCCUCCCCCGCAUAACAUAUGCGGCGGAAAUCUGGGCAGAAAACGGGUGCUCCCUUAAAAAGAGCAUUGCAGCCCUGUUAAGUAUGCAAAGAGACCCACUUAGGGCAAUUACGAGUUGCUAUAAAACUGCGUCAACCAACUGCCUCUCGGUGCUCAUUGCUGUAAUGAUAGAAGAAGGGGUGACUUGGCCCCCAGACAGUGGAGCCUUUCUUAGCUCUAGAAGAACAUAUGAAGCUCUUAGAAAAUUCAGCAAAGACAGUCUGACGAACAGAGAUGAUAGGUAG